AUGAGCUCUUGUUUUCAUCUCGUGAAUUAUACAUCUCUUCUUAAUUCCCUUCUCUCAUAUUAUAUUUAUCUUAUCUUUCCAGAUGAACAAACCAACAAACGCAAUCGUCCUCGCGAUAUGUCGUUGUCUGAACCGCCGCCGACAAUGGAGAUAGCACAGAUCCUCAUCUCGUUACUACAUGCUUGGGGCUUAGAUGCUGACCUUGAUAGGGUCUGCGAAUCCAAGCUUGGGAUGCUGCGGCCAAUGGUUCCAGUUUGUUUCGGCGUGGUAUCCCGUCACGGGCAUAUGGCCGUUCAGCUGCCCACGAGGCUGGGAGGGUGGGCGGAGGCUUGUGCCUCAGCGCCCACGGAUCCUGUGCUCAUGAACUCAGAACUUCCAGUAGAGUACCUACGACAAGAGCAGCUGACUAGACUAUUCACGUCCAAGUUACACUGGGAGCUCAGCACGACGCUCACCACAAACCACCUUCUGUCCAUCGUGGCACUCGCUAACACGCUCAUGUCCAUGAGCAAUGCCAGCUUUGCACCGGAACAAGAGGUGGCCAGGAGAUUUUUCAGGCCUACAACACGGACUUCUUCGUGGCCGGGAGACGAGGAUCGUGAGGAACACAUGGCAGCACAGCAGGCACUGAUCAAACAAGGCUGGUCUUUGUUGGCAACGCACAGCUGUGUGCUACUCCCUGAUAAAGUCGUUGCUGCUGGUGCGAAGAACUUCAAGCGACCUCAAGUAGAGAUGCUCGCCCGUCGUUGGCAACAUCACUGUCUCGAGGUGAGAGAUGCUGCUCAGGCGCUGUUGUUGGCUGAAUUGGGCAGGAUGGGACCAAAAGGCCGUAAAUCCCUGGUCGAUAACUGGGCACAGUAUCUACCGCUCUACACUCACACGGAGAGCAUCAACCCACAAGCAACACAGAAGGAACCGGCUGAGAAAGUAGCUAAGGACCAAGAAGAAGAAUUCGAAGAAGAAGAGGAAGAAAUCAUAAGGAAGCCGUCUUCUAUCGCUGAGCUGAAACGAAAACAGACUACAGCGGUUGUUCUAUUGGGUGUGAUAGGAGCGGAGUUUGGACAAGAUAUAGCUUCAGAAGGUGCCGCUGGAAAUAAGAGACGUAAAGACGGUGACAGUAGGAAGAGUUCCAUCGUUGAAGGUUUCACACUUAGUUCGUCAAACAACCUCGCUCGUUUGACGUCUUUGGCGCUAACUCACUUGCUACUAGCACCUGGAUCUGCUCGCCUCCCCGCACAUACGCCACUACGACGCGCGGCCAUUGACCUCCUAGGGAGAGGAUUUGCUGUUUGGGAACCCUACCUCGAUGUAUCUCAUGUACUACUUGGUUUGUUGGAGAUGUGUUCAGACGCUGAUAAACUAGUGCCUUCAAUGACGUACGGGCUGCCUCUCACACCGCAGGCGGACUCGUGUAGAACAGCGCGGCACGCACUGACACUUAUAGCAACCGCAAGACCAGCAGCUUUCAUAACGACUAUGGCCCGUGAGGUCGCGAGGUGCGCCGCCGCCCCCGCGGGUGCUCCGCCCCCGCCCGCCGCCGUCGCCCUACAGAGAGGCAGGGCGGAGGUUCUAAGGGGAAUAGAACUCCUCAUAGAGAGGAUGCACGGCGCUGUGGCUGAAUUACUAGUAGAGGUGAUGGACAUAAUACUUCACUGUGUGGACCAGUCUCAUCUGAAAAGUAAAGGCCUGAGUGAAGUGUUUCCAGCUGUAUGUCGUUACAACCAGGUGUCUCACUGCCCGGCUACCAGGAGGAUUGCAGUGGGUAGUCACACGGGUCAGCUAGCUAUCUACGAGCUCCGCGCCGCGCGCUGCCAGUCACUGACCGCGCACGCGGGUCCGGUCACAGCGUGCGCCUUCAGUCCCGACGGGAGGUACCUCGUGUCAUACGCGACCGCUGAUAACAGACUCUCAUUCUGGCAAAGUACCGCUGGUAUGUUUGGUCUUGGAGCUGCUCAGACGCGUUGUGUGAAGUGUUAUAGCACAGCCCCGAUGGCGGAUGUAUCACGUCUGAACCCACUUCAUCUCGCGAGGCUAGUGUGGACCAACUCGAGAACUGUAACUUUAGUAUUAGCAGACGGCUCGGAAACUAGAUUCAAUGUUUAA